ACAGUUUUGCUCUCGAAAUACAGAGAGAGAUGAACAGCGAGCGGAUAGAAGAAAUAACACUAUUUAACAAGGAAGAAGAGAACGCGAAGUAGACAAAUUCGGCCGACAAUGCGUCGCGAUUUCUCGCGUUUCGUUCAUCCAAGGUGCUAUGUCUUCUUGUUUGUAGCGGUUAUCAUCAUUUAUCUCGCUUUCUCGACCUCUCGCCCGGCUGAAGAUAAAGUGGAAGAGGUGCCUGAAAUUACUCACAGAGUAUUCUUGGAUGUUGAUAUUGAUGGGCAGAGAAUCGGUAGAGUAGUUAUUGGAUUGUAUGGUCAGGUUGUUCCAAAAACUGUUGAAAAUUUCAGGGCUCUAUGCACAGGGGAGAAAGGCAAGGAUGCCAAUGGAAAGAAGCUCCACUAUAAAGGAAGACCGUUCCACCGUAUAGUUUCUGGUUUCAUGAUCCAAGGUGGAGACAUCGUUUCUGGAGAUGGGAAGGGAAGCGUCUCUAUUUAUGGUGGCACCUUUUCUGAUGAAAAUUUCAAGAUAAAGCACUCACAUGCAGGUGUUGUUUCCAUGGUAAACUCAGGACCCGAUUCUAAUGGCUCACAGUUCUUCAUAACCACAGUCAAAACCGGCUGGCUGGAUGGGGAGCAUGUUGUCUUUGGCAAGGUUAUUGAAGGAAUGGACACUGUUUAUGCAAUAGAAGGGGGAGCUGGGACCUACAGCGGUAAACCUCGGAAGAAGGUUGUUAUUGCAGACUCAGGCGAGAUACCUAAGAGCAAGUGGGAUGAAGAAAGUUGACUAGUUCACCAACUAGUUUGUAACAUUAGCAUUAACUCCAUGGUAUGAUCGUGCAAAGGUGCUUCAAAUUUGAGCUGCAUUGUAACAUGUCCUUGAGGUUGAUUUAGGUGUGCAUGGUUUUCCAGAUCAGGUUUAAAUCUUUAUCGUUUGAUAAAAGUGUCAUGUAUUUUCAAGAUGUUACAAUAUAUAGAAAUGCUCAUUUUAUAGAGGAAAUACACCAUUCUUCACAGUUUCUUUUUAAGAGGAGAUUAUCUGUAAUCGUUUUUCAUUAUA